AUGUCUCGCCUGAUGUCCUAUUUCUUUAUGGAUGAUGCAAACGAUGACCCGGUCACCCCAGGUGUAGAGUCUUACCCUCUCAACGAGUUUCAUCCAGCAGCGACCAUGCAUAUGUAUCCCCCUGGGCCAGUUACCCCGGCUAGUUUAAAUUAUCGCUCAUCAGCAGCAUCGCCAUCGCCCGCUACAUCAGUAGGCGAAGAGUUCGCGAUGGAAUUAUUGGAUGAUCCCUGGGAGCCUGCUCAUAAGGAGAGUGAUGAUGAUGACCAGCAGCCCUGGGAGCCUGCUUGUAAGGAGAGAGAUGACGAUGACCAGCGGCUCUGUGAGCCUGCUUGUAGGAAGAGAGAUGACAAUGACCAGUGGCCUAAUAAAAUAUUCCUUAAAGAGGUUGAUCAGUCGUUCAGACUGCGGGAUGAUGUUCGCAAGUUACAGUUCUCCAUGCACGAUCUUUUGCUCCGAAAGCGGCAAAUUCAGGUCAAUGCCAACUCGCGAGAAUCAGAUUUGCGAUCUGUCAUCUCGCAGUAUCGAGAACACCAGGAAUUCCUUGAGCAUAGCAAGGCCAAUGCUCUCACAAUACUAAAUGAAAAUCAUCAGAAAGAACUUGCCGAGUCCCAGAUGGCGUUGGGUCUACAUAAAGCACCACAGGAGGCGCGCACAGAUAUGCUAUUAGCUGAAAAAGACGCUUUAUUUCAGUCUGAGGCCAGAGUAGCUAAAGAGAAGUUGUUGGCCGAGAAAGAAACCGAGUUAGCCCGCCUCUCUGCCGAGUAUAGCAGCAAGAUAGCUUCAUUGAAUAGCCAAAUGCGACAAGCAAACAUCACAAAGUCCCCCUCCUCCCCCACUUCAUGGCGCCAUCUUGUAGGCAAAAAACCUGUCGCCACAUGCACGAAUAUUGUCGGGUUUUCGAUAAUUCCUGAUGCGAAUUCAGAUUCUGAUGGAGACAAGGGAUCUGCGCCCCCCCUGACUUCGCUAUUAGCCGAUAUUCCGAUUCAGAAUGCUACCAUUGGCAUGCUCGUUGAGGCGCUCGCAAAGGUUCUGAUUCCAUCGCAGACAACAUCUCCAAGAGCAGCUCGAUCGAAACACAAUUCCCAUGAGCCCCCUACCGAGAACUUCACUGAUGUCCAGCGCCGAAAUAAUAAAGCCAAUGUUCGGGAGCUAUUUUACACGGUAUUCAAUCUUGCGAAAGAUGAUGAGUAUAUGCUUCAUGUCACUGCAUUGUGCGAAGCCAUAUCGUCUUUUACGUGUGGACUAGGCAUGGGCCCUGACCCUCUCGAAUUGCACUGGGAUAUGACAACCACACACAAAUCUCAAUGGAACCAAAAAAAGUUCGAAACUCGUAAGAAAGUCACAUCGGUUCUCCUAAGUGACAGGAUAGCCACUGGAAAGGACGACCAGGCGGUAUGGGCAUAUCUACAAUCUCUUGUGGAGACGCUCGGCAAAGAUGGCAUGAGCUCUGAUGAGAGUGAGCACAAAGAUGGUGAAGUUCAGGUAUUUCGGCUGAAGAAGAUGUCGUGGAGGGCAGACAUCAACCACGAUAUGCAUAUCAUUGAUCAACAACAGUUGGUGGGUGCUGCUGCGAACUUCACUCCUUAUGGAAGCAAACCCGCAAAGCGUUUUCGCAACGCGAUCCGGGAGUCUUCUCACCCAGCAGUUGAAGGCUUACCAAGGGCGUUAUACAAUUCAUCAUGGCUGAAUGACCAACCUCCUUCGUUCACAGUAUCUGACAAGAAACUCCAGAGGAUGGAAAUUAUCGUUUCCCCCCAGUGA